AUGCACGGAUUCUCACCGAAAAUCCUAAGAGCGGGUGGAAUGAAUUGCAAUCUCUGUCGUCUUCUCGUGGCGGUGGUGGUGUUCAUGUUGGCUUGUGAGAGUCGGGGUUUCGAGCAUCUCAAGCAUAAAUUCAAACUGAAAAAACUCGCAAAACUGGCCCUCGCAGCCAAGGUUCUGGUCCCGCAUCUUAUACCGCUCCCCAUUCCGUUCCCGAUCAUAGGACGUCACAAACACAAAGAGUCUUUCAAGAUUAUCGAAGAAGAGGAUCCAUGGAAAGGACAAGGAUGGGAUAUGAAUGAAGGAUGGGAUUUUGGCGCUGAUGCGGGUCAAGACAAGUGGAACUUCGAGGGGACAAGCGGAUGGCAUCAAGUCUCGGGCUGGCAAAAUCAAAUGGCUCCACCGGAGAGCUGGGCGCCCCAUCAGAGUCUCGACGGACAGUUUCAGAAGAAUUCCUUCCCUCAAGAGAGCGUUCCAACCUUGAAGGGUGGCCAGCGGGAUACCUUCGGGUCUGCUGGGCAACAUACCCAUCAAGUCGAAAUUCGGGAAGAGAUAAUCCCGGCCUUGGAAGCGGCAGGGUUCUUCGGGGAUCCGAACGGAGUCAUGACGAAAAUGAUCAAUGGAGCCAAAGACGGGUCCAGCAGAGGUUGGAAAGGAGCGCCCAGCUUCAGAGAAUCCAAGUUCACCGAUAGUCCUCGGGCCCACAGCACCGAGAAUUACGGUUGGUCGUCUCCGGAGAAGACCCACUUCGCUGAGGUGCACGAAGUCAAAGAGAUCAGGGACGCGACCAUCGUGCAACGCCCGCAGUUCGACGUAGAAAACGGCAAGUUUGGGCACUUCGAUGUGAGCGAUGUCCCGAUCCAGCCAAUCGAGGGUCCGCGACAAAGACCCCCGAUAGACCCGUGGCCUCAGAAUGUGGGUGGCAGCCCAUUCGACGAGCCUGCGGUCAAGAAUCAUUUCAAUGCCGGAGAAGAAUCGAAUCGAGCGCGGAAAGAAGCUGACCAUCAAACGGGUUUCGAGAACGUUGCUCCCGAGGACAAGCUAAUCAUCCAAGAGGAACGUCAUCAAGCGGAGGACAGCCGGUCACAUGCGAAUAUAUCCCCGGACACUCCGCACGCCUAUUCCUUCCCGCGGACUCCGAAUCAGCAUGGAUGGUUGCCGAUGGUCAAUCAGGGAAGGCCGCCUGUCGAAAGAGACGCUCACAAGCGAAGUUGA